GAAGUCAUCUCUCACGACGCUCUCUCGAGUAAAGCAUGUAUUCGUUUUGAAGUGUCCAUUUUUUUUAAAAUCUUCCGGUGAUUAGCACGGCUAGAAUCAUGUGGAAGCUGCUUUGGGCGGCCGUUAUCGUGGCCGUGCUCACUACGUGUGAUGCAAAUGCAAAUCGUGAGAGAAGCAAACGUGCCAUUGAGUCUAACUCGAAUACGUACCAGAAUUUUCUACCACCUUUAACAUCAAGGGAUGUAGAAAAUCAACCAUUCACGGGAUAUACUUAUUCAACCCCAAAAGAAUCGGAUGGAUAUUUUUAUCCAGUUCCAAGUAAUAAAAUAUCAACUACAACUUCAACAAGAAAACCGGAUGGAUAUGUCUAUUCAACUCCUAGUAUUAAAAUAUCAACUACAACGUCAACAAAGCCGGAUAUAUAUACUUAUGCAACGACAACACAAAAACCAUAUACUUAUUCAACUCCGAAAAUUCAAAUAUCCACUACAACAAAAAAAACAGAUGAAUAUGUUUAUCCAACUCCGAGUAAUAAAAUACCGACUACAACAAAAAAACCGGGCGGAUAUACUUAUGUAACCCCAGAUACUAGAAUAUCGACUACGACAUCAACAAGAAAGCCGGAUAUAUAUACUUAUACAACACAAAAGCCAUAUACUUAUUCAACCCCGAAAAUUCAAAUAUCGACUACAACAAGAAAGCCCGAUAUAUACACUUAUACAACGACAACACAAAAACCAUAUACUUAUUCAACUCCGAAAAUUCAAAUAUCGACUACAACAAGAAAGCCAGAUAUAUACACUUAUACAACGACAACACAAAAACCAUAUACUUAUUCAACCCCAAAAAUUCAAAUAUCGACAACAACAAGAAAGCCAGACAUUUACACUUUUACAACGACAACACGAAAGCCAUAUACUUAUUCAACCCCAAAAAUUCAAAUAUCGACUACAACAAAAAAGCCAGACAUAUAUACUUAUGGAACAACAACACAAAAGUCAUAUAUUUAUUCAACUCCAGAUAUUAAACUCACUCUACCAACAUCACCUCCAACCAGACCACCUUAUGUACCACCACCAUCUACAACUAGAUCACCCUAUACACCACUACCAUCUGUAACUAGUCCAGCCUAUACACGACCACCACUACCACCAUCUUCAACCAGACCACCCUAUGUACCACCAUCACCUCCAACUAGGCCACCCUAUGUACCACCACUUCCUCCAUCACCUCCAACUAGGCCACCUUAUGUACCACCAUCACCUCCAACUAGGCCACCCUAUGUACCACCACCUCCGCCAUCACCUCCAACUAGGCCACCUUAUGUACCACCAUCACCUCCAACUAGGCCACCCUAUGUACCACCACUUCCGCCAUCACCUCCAACUAGGCCACCCUAUGUACCACCACCUCCAACUAGGCCACCCUAUGUACCACCACCUCCACCAUCACCUCCAACUAGGCCACCCUAUGUACCACCAUCACCAUCACCUCCAACUAGGCCACCCUAUGUACCACCACCUCCACCAUCACCUCCAACUAGGCCACCCUAUGUACCACCACCUCCAACUAGGCCACCCUAUGUACCACCACCUCCACCAUCACCUCCAACUAGGCCACCCUAUGUACCACCACCUCCAACUAGACCACCCUAUGUACCACCACCAUCUCCAACUAGACCACCCUAUGUACCACCAUCACCUCCAACUAGACCACCUUAUUAUCUGCCGCCAGAACAAACUAAUCAAUCAUCUUCAAUUGUAACAUUACCAACUUUCAAACCACAUAUAGUAACCCAACCGACUACCCGAGUAACUACCCGAUUACCUAUAGUCACAACGCGAUUGACUACUCGACAACCUAUAAUUACAACGCGGCUGACUACUCGAGCUCCUAUAAUUACAACACGAUCAACCACUCGACUGCCUAUAGUUACACGACCGACUACUCGGCGACCCAUCAGCACAACUCAAAUUAUCACUUCGAAAUAUACUCCGGUUACACAGUCAUUUACUUAUCUUCCACCAAGUGUUACUACCCCAAAGCCUCUCACAACUCAAAUCAUAAGUACAACCACAACUUCGACUACCAGAUAUAGUCCAUCUACAACAACAAGGAGAAUUUCCACACCGAGUACUACUUAUCCACCGCCUACUAGGAUUACUACUACACAAUCUACUACCACUUCCACCACUAGUAAGCCAACUACAACUACAACUACCUCUAGGCCGACGACUCUGCCUCCGCAAGAACGAACGUAUCUUCCACCACCGCAACCGCCAAUCAUCCCAGUGACUAUUACGCCGCCGCCGUACCCUCCGGUCAUUUAUGAAACUACACCCAGAACGCCACCCCCGAGGACAAUUGAUGGAACAAUUGCUCCACCACCAACGCUGCCGCCACCCACACCGCCCAGACCUUUCAUAGGUUACGAAUACUUACCCCCGAAAGGACCUGCCUUUGAAACCCGCAAACGAUGAAAGCUGAUAACGCGAGUGAUUUAACGUGCAUUAUUGAUCAGUGAAAUCUAUGAAUUUAAAAGAAAAAUAUUUGAUGGUAAUAUUACUAUUAAGCUAAUAUUAAUAACAAAAUUAUAAAUUUAAUGGUUUAUUACUAUUUAAUAGUGACGUUGAGUCGCCACCGGAUAGUAAAAUAUUGUCUUUUUUAUAUCGAUUGUUUUACUUAUAUUGAUUUUUUUUAGACAAAGAUUUAGCCGAUCAGCGUGCAUCUUUUUAUAUGUGUGUGAUGAAUAUGAAAAAGAAUAAAAGGUUUUAUAAAAAUGCCA